AUGUUUUUUCUUCUCCUUCAUGCAGGUUUAUUCGUAGAUGUCGGAAACAAUUACUCUGUCCUGGACCACCCCAAUAUCUGUUUCAUAUACGACUAUGUCGGCUCAAAAGAUGAAGAAAAAAGCCAAGGAGAUUUUGUGGUUAAAGAACUGGUCGCUAUUUUUCCAGUCUUACGGGAUUGGAUCGCGGAGUUUCUUCAAGGAAAUAAAUGCAUGUACGCCUCAGACAUUGGUCUCAACAUGCUCAUAGAACAGGUCCUGCGUUUGCUGUACCAUCUCGUCAAAUUUGGUUACUACUUGGACAAAGACGACGUACUUCAGCUGUUACCACCCUUGCUCAAAUUACUUGACGGCCGAGGAGAUUAUCCUUUCUAUAAAGACAAAGAAAAAGGUUAUUCCAAAGACGCUUUGAAACUAGUGCAGCAGUACCAGUCGGUGGAUCGAUUUGAAAAAUCGCCUGAAACAGAAGCCAUUGUGAAUGCAAAAUAUCAGGCUCUUGAGGUCCUUGACCUGCUUUUGACCUAUCAAAGAAAUUCUCGGCUUCAGAGUUUUGUCGGGAAAUUCAAAGUUGCUGAACAACAGUCAACCAUGAAAAAAUCAUGCAAUGUUUUAGUGCCUUUGCUCUGUGAGAUCUACGAUCCUCACGAUAUCACUAAGAAAGCGAUGAAAAAACAGAAGCAAGUGGUGAAAGAACUUCGGGAAAUGUUUAACAACUCUUCCAUAUUUGAAAUCGAAUUCCUCACCAAAAUUCUUAUGAUAAAUAAUAAAUACCCCCUUUUCACCGUACACCUGGAAAUAGUUGAAGCCGACCCCCGACAUUUUAUUAUUCCUUCAUCCCCGCCACCACAUUCAUCGUCACACGAACGCGGCCCCCAGUGUUAUUUCUCUCUUUUUCCGCCAUGUUAUUAUUACAGCCCUUAUCCUACUUCCGCUUCAAUAGAUUUAAUUUCUCCGUAUGACACACUCUUCUUCUUCCCUUUGUUCCUCCCCCUCUCUCUCUCUCUCUCUCUCUCUCUCUCUCUCUCUCUCUCUCUCUCUCUCUUUCUUUCUUUCCUUUUUGACCUCUUUCAGGAUCUCACGAUUCUUCUCUCUUUUUUUAUCUUGAAUCCCCCCUUUCUCUCUCUCUCUUUUCUCUCUCUCUUUCUCUCUCUCUCUCUCUCUCUCUCUCUCUCUCUCUCUCGUUCAUUGAUAUCUUUGUUUUUCUUUUCGGUUCUUUGA